AUCUGCAGGACUUAUCCUGCUGGAGAAACUUCCAUAUUACGGUGGUUCAUGAGAUGAAAUGCAAAACUCCACCUGCAAAACUGGUGUUUGCAUGAAAGACUGAGGCUCCACAUCCUCUGCAAAAUAAGCUUAUUUAACACAUGUGGUUUUGAGCUGAACAACUCUAAGAAGUGUCAAGAUGAGGACGGAUUCCUGAAAAAUUAAAUACAAGCAGGCAAAAUGGGAGCAACCUGAAGGUGGCAUUCAUUGCAGCUUUGCACACCUAAAUACAAGUUUUUACUGAUGGUACAGUUGAAGUCGACACAUCCAUUUAAGCGUGUCUGUGAACAAGAACCAGCCUUCUGGCGUCUGGAAGAAAAUCAGCUCUGGAGAAAUGGAAUUAAGGUCCAAGGAUGAUCAUUCAUUAUUAAAAGAAAACAAAUGGAGCUAAAAUUCUACUACCUUCCAACCUGCAAGAAGAAACACUAUUGAUGCUGACUGAUAAAAAGUUUUCAUUAAAGACAUCCAAGUACCAUUAUGGUAGAAAGAUUUUUACAUGAUCUUAAGGCAUACAGGAACCUAAAAUUCCCUCAUUUGCAAUGUAUAUAGUGUCCUGUAAAAAAAAUUAAGAAAUGUACUUCUUGUACUGUUAUGUUUCAGUCAAUUUCAAACUUAACUAACUUGGAUUCCAAUGAAUUUUAAUUUCCUCUACAAAGAGAGAAUCUUUUUCCAUUCAAAAUGAUUACUCUGAACUUCUUUGGAAACAUCAAAAAUCUAAUUUUUUUUGGCAUCACUACCAAACUGUGAGUACUGAUACCUUUUCUGCAGAUAUUCGCACCAUGGAAACUUAUUCAGCCUCGAUAUCACCAGUUAUAUGUAACAGCACAACUUUAAACCUAAAUGGAUCACAUUUGUGUAAUGAAAGUAUAUCUUCUAGAUUGGCUGAUAAAUCAGAACACCAACAAUAUGUUAUUGGACUGUUCUUAUCAUGCCUUUAUACAAUAUUUCUUUUUCCUAUUGGUUUUGUAGGAAACAUUCUGAUACUGGUUGUAAACAUAAGCUUUCGUGAAAAAAUGACUAUUCCAGACCUUUACUUCAUAAAUCUUGCAGUAGCUGAUCUCAUUUUAGUUGCCGAUUCCCUCAUUGAGGUUUUUAAUCUCGAUGAGAAGUAUUAUGAUAUCACUAUUAUUUGUACCUUUAUGUCUUUAUUUCUUCAGAUCAACAUGUAUAGCAGCAUUUUCUUUCUGACAUGGAUGAGUUUUGACAGAUACAUAGCACUGGCAAAAGUAAUGAGGUCCAACAUAUUUCGCACUAUGCAACACGCUAGAUUAAGCUGUGGUCUCAUAUGGAUGGCGUCCAUUUCUGCAGCACUAGUUCCAUUUACAGCCGUGCAUUUGCAACACACUGGAGAGGUCUAUUUCUGUUUUGCAGAUGUAAAAGAAAUCCAGUGGCUAGAGAUAACCUUGGGGUUUAUCAUUCCCUUUGUGAUCAUCGGUCUUUGUUACUCAUUAAUUGUUCGAGUUCUUGUAAAAGCACACAAGCAUAGGAGUCUUCGUCUGCGGCGACAAAAGGCUCUUCGAAUGAUUUUUGUUGUUGUCUUGGUUUUCUUUAUCUGCUGGUUACCUGAAAACGUCUUCAUUAGUGUUCAACUUCUUCAAAAGAAAAGCGAACCUGUCUCUUCAAGCAGCCCGUCUUUCAGACAUGAUUAUCCUUUAACAGGACAUAUUGUGAACCUAGCAGCUUUUUCUAAUAGCUGUUUGAACCCCUUAAUUUACAGUUUUCUAGGUGAAACCUUCAGAGACAAACUGCGACUGUAUAUUGAACAGAAAACUAAAAUGUCGACGUUAAAUCGCUUUUGUCAGGCUGCCUUAACGUCUGUCAUUCCUGACAGUAAUGAGCAAUCGGAAGUCUGACUUAGUACUGGUCGUAUAAAAUAUAUGACUGAACUUGUGCAAAUAAUGAACAAAAUGCUUGCUACUAACAGAAAAACGUGUGUGUGUGUAUAUUAUAUUGCCCGGCUGAGUACUGAAGGUUUAUAUUCCAAAUGUUUUUAUGACAAGACUUUAAUGUAGAAGAAUGUUUUAGUCAUAUUUGUAUUUAAUUAUGAACAGGAUUAUUAAAAGCCGAGCACUGAUGGAGCUUUAUUUUGUAUUAUACAUGUAUGAAUGAUAAUACAGCAGAAAAUUUCAUCAAGUUAGGAAGACUCUGGAUAUAACUUGAUUAUCAGAGAUGCUACUUUGCUGGCAUAUAAGGUACUUGCACUUAAAUAAUGAAGCUGCCAUAAUAGUGGGAAAAAAUCAUUACAAUAUUGAUGUGGAGAUGCAGAAAACAUUGAUUUUUCAUCUAAACAUGUUAAGUUAAAUGACAUUGCUUAGAAGAACUAUAGAGCACAUUCUAUUCUAGCAUGUAUUUCACAAUUAAUUUUUUUUAAUCUUAAUAUAAUAUAGUAUAAUGGCGAGUUUUCUACUCCUAAAUGUAAUCUACUGGUGUAUCAGCACUCGAUCAAAACUGAAAUCAUCAUCUGCGACUAUAUCGCUCAAAGAACUUAACAGAAGCAAAAUAUAAUAGUUCGUUUUGUUUUUUAAGGAUUGCCAAAGACAAUCUUUUCCAGGACAGACAUAAUUGGCCUUUUUGAUAAAAACACAAGCAUACAUACCUCUGCUUUCACAGCCUUCAUAUUUAAAUGAAGGUGCAUGAGAUAUCUUUACAUUUAGCAUGUCUGUUUUGAUUGCCAGAACAAAAUACUGUGGCUUGAAAAGAAAUCACUUUCUGCAUAUGACAGAAUAAGAUAUGCAUAAGAUACGAAUAAGAAUUGCUUAUGAAAAUGUCAGAAGUGUCGAUUUGGGGGAUGGAAGAACUUUUGUAAAAGGUGAAUGUGAUUAGCUCUCAGAUUUGCACCUUACACACCAUCCAUCCCACCUCCCCAACCACUGAACUUUCAAGAUUUUAGAUGCCUGUUGAUUGCUUUGUUCAUUUUGAAAGACAGGUUAUACUAAGAAAACAGAUUUUAGCACUAAGUAUUUGAGAACAAUAGUUUCCAAUUUCUACUAGAAAAUAAUAGGGUUUUAAAUGGGGAUGAUGUUUAGUACAAGUUACUGCUGACCUUGUUCACUGGAUACUACACAGAUCCAGAGAUCAAUGUGUAAGACAGUUAACAUAUCACUUACUGUAUCUCUGAAAUGCACAAACUAAUUUCACCUCUGUGCUGAGUUAAUCAGAUCUCUGCACAAUAAGAUGCUUUGUCCUACUUUCAAAUGUUAUACAUGGAUUAAUCAGUUUCAUGAAAGGAUUUUUCAAGGAUUUUUAAACAUAGACAUGCAAAAGAAUUAAUGAAGUUGCUAUGCAAUAAAGAAAACAGUAAAGACAGUGAUUCCACUCAUAUUUCUCACUAAAUACUUAAAGUUUCUGGGUGGAAACUUUAGCCACAAAAUAACUGACCUACAAAUAGAAAUAUCUAGAUAUUCCUGAUAUUGACAGAAACAAGAACUGUAUGGUGGAGUUCGCUGCAAGUGCCGAUUUGCAAGUGACCGUUUAUCAUGAUCUAAGAACCAAUUUCAUUUAGUCACAUCUCUCCUGUAAAGCACCGAGUAUAUCUUCUUUCCAGAAAGAUGCAAGGAUUACCUCCCCUGUGUAAGACAAGUUGAUAACAAUUAUUCUGCUACAAUACAUGUAGCCCUUUUUCUCUGUAUUUUCUUGCUGGAAAAUUAACCACAAUUACUCACAUCCUAUCAACUGCCAGCAUACAUUAAUUUCACCUUGAAAUACUGGCCUUUCAGCCAACGCAGAAGGAAUGGAUGAUUCUUUUAGUGACGGAGUUCCAUGAAAUAAGACAUCUUCUGAGGAUACAAAUAUAUUUGCCUGUGCAAUCUUGACACUUGCCAUGAAUAAAGUAACUUCUUUUGGUGUCACAGGAAUACAAUUUCCCAAUUUCAAUUGUUGCCCACUUUGCUUUUAUAGGAGUAAACUCUUCCCCUCCCCUUCAAAUAUAGGAUUUUUUUUUCUUUUGAUCAAGACUAUGGUGGAAGAAUGUCACUUCAUCACCAUUAUAGGUAACAAAUCAAGAAAGUGCCUAUGUUCAAAAACUUAACAUAAUAAUCCAAUACAAUAUUAAUAGCAAAUAUCUGCUCACACAUAUCAUUUGAUGGUAUGUUUCUACGUUAUCAUAUUCAGUAGUGUCCUGAUAUCGCAGUGACAUCGAGGAAAGAUCAGAUUACUAGAAUAUGAAGAAAGCAAUAUUUAACUCCUCAAUCUGAAACAACCUAUUACAUAUGUAAAACAAAACUACAAAUAUGAGUUAUGUGAUGAGUUUCCUACUGCUAAUAUUGUGAUUUUAUGUCUAAGUACAGGCUUAUGAACUGUACCUAAAAUGAUUAAAUUUAAACACACUACUCACUUUAAAUAAAUAAAAAGCCCUCUCCUGGGCGCAGAAACUGCACACUUAUCUGCAGAAAAUUUUUUCCAAUGGCAACUAUGUACAAAGUAAUAUUUACAAAAAUGCCAUAUGGCUUCUAUGUUUAUAUAUAUUGCAUAUUUCAUAAGUGCUAAUCAAUAUGCUUUCUCCAGCCCAUCACUUUGAAGUAAUUUGCUACCAAGUCUCAUCCAUGUACACCAUGUCUUAUGCAGUUUUCUUUAAAAUUAAAAGGCAUGAUCACCAGCAAACAAAACGUUUUCAGGGGCGUGCAGAGGAAAUGGAAGUCAGUAAGAAUUCUGAUACUGCUUCUUCACUCAACACUUCUCUCAGGUCUCUCACAAAUUGUUUAAUUUAAAGAAUUGAUUCCAUACCCUUCUCUAAAAUGCUGGACUGAUGACAAACAUAAAAUUUAAAAUCUGUUCAUGACAGAAGCUUACAUUCUUUGCUCUAAUAAUCUCUAUCAAGUCUACAGAGAAGAAAAGUCUAGUAUGAGUUUAAAAAAAAAAAAAAACAGAAAAAAAAUCGAGAUCCCCCUGAAACACUUACUUGCUUUUGAAAAUAACACCUUAAAACAAAAGUGUCUUAAAUGCACGAAGUAUUACCGAAUGUCAAGAAUAGAAAUAAACCCAAAGAGCAUAAUCUACCAGUGGUCUGAAUCUGAUGCGACUGAAAGCUCUCCUUCUUCAGCUGUGUAGAAAGUUGUGAGAAAAACAGUUGUCUGAGACCAUUUAAACAUGUUAACAGUUUUAGGAGAUUUGCCAAAUACUGGCUGUGCAAGGACAGCAAGUGCAAAUCUAGAAAAAGCAGAAUUACUCUGUCUGAAGAUGGAGUUUGAUUAAUUUAUGAAAAGCAUCACAUAACGUGAGUGAACGUGACAGGGAAUUUGAAUCAAUGAGCCAGGAAAUCCUAGAUUCCGGGCAAGGCUUGGACAUAAUACUGGCAAGGUACAAGAAAGGUCAUCCCCCCUGCUUCUAUUCCACACAAAAUUAGAAAACCAAUGUUCAGAAUAGUCAAUCCAACAAUUCCAAGAGAGAACAUACCCUAUAAAACAAAUAUAGCAAAGUAAAAUUAGAAUUCUUAAAACAGUUUCCUUCGAUUUGUUUCUACCAAGUGAAAAAGGUACAAGCCUAUCUUAAAUCCCCCUAGUGUAAUCUGACAUAUAUAUUUUUAACUGGAAACAGUUUGUCUGGCACAUAAAAUCCAUUCUACUAAACUUGCAAAUAGGCAAGCUUAAAAUUUUGUGAUUUUUUUUUUUUCUUUUAAAGAAGAAAAUACUUUUAAAGUUUCAGGUUAAGUAUCUACCUCUUAGAUAAAAUGUACUGGCUGUAUAAUGCAGGCUCUAAUCUUUUUUCCGGACAUCAAAUUAUGUUAAAGGCUAAUAAAUUUUUUCCAUGCAGCAAUUUUGCUAUAGUUUAUCAGCUCUUUAUUGAGACUGCAAAAGGGAAAAGGCUGUCUGGACAAUUUUGAAUAGUUAGGAUUGCAACAGGAGAAAUCUGUUACAAAGCAGUUUACACUAAGAAAAAGCAUGUCAAGUUCAACCCUGAUUAUCAUUUAAUCCCAUUUGAACUUGUUUCUACCUAAGUAGAAAAACAAAUGAGUAUAUGAAGAAGGCAGGUUUCAAUUUUAAUAGUUAUUCACAAAGGUGACACAAUGAAUUGGUUUGAUUGUGAAUGAAAACAAAGAUAAGUGUUUGAUUUUAACUUGGGGAGCAAGUGUUCGAGGAGAGGGGUUCAGAAUUUAUAACAACAUUUAUCAUAUAACUACGGACAGCUUCCUUCUUUGAUGUUUUAGAUAUUCUUAAAGUAGCCUGAAGUCUGAAUCAGGGCUAAAUCACUGGGACUUUUUCACAGGAAGAAAAAUGAGAUGAGGGAGAGUAUUCUUCCCUGCAACUCCAAAAGUCUUACCUGAUCCAUUCAGCCCAUCAGACAUUUAGGACUUGUGUCAUACAAACACGUGAGGCUAAAUUUAUUGUUGUGAGUUAUAUCUUUGCAGUAAAGGUUCACCCUCACGUUAUCAAUUACAUCAACAGCAGCUCACCACUACACAGUUAGACCUAGCCAUUCCUUGUUCAAAGACUAUUUACUUCAAGAAAAUUAUUAUUUUCACAUUUCUAUUUAAUAAAUGUCAUCAAUAAACCUUUUCCACCUUGGGAUCGUGCUUUAUCGUUUUUACGUUGAAUCUGCAACAAUAGAUGACAGUGAACAUGCCAUUUUAAAGACAUACAUACAGACUAUCUUGUCUGCACACUCUUAGGUCUGCUGUCAAGGAGAUACACUAUGAUAAACACCCCGUACCAUGUUCUGAAGAGAGACACACCAGACUUAAAAAUUUGAACACUCUCCAUUCAUAUUUAUAAUUUAGAUGUCCUUUCUUCAGUGGCAUUGUCCAAACUAUUUAUUCCACAUUGACAUACAGUACACUAAACUUUUGGCCUUUGGCUUUUGGCUUUCUUUUAGACUUCCAUUCCAUCAUACGGCAGUAUGACACAGCCAGGAGCUAAGAAUAAACAGCUGCAUACUGACCCAGCCACCCAAGAUGACAACAAAAAAGCAAUGCCUUCUCAGGACCUAAGAUGGAGUAGAAAGUAAUGAGCUGAUGCUGCACUGUCUCUUAUAUGCUAUUUCAGUUACUUUGCGUACAUCCAGUGAAUUCCAUUAUAGCAGCUUUAAAGAUUGUCCAAGUCUCACUACGCAACAUAUUUGUUUAGAAUGGCCACUGAAGGGCGUCAGCAAAGUCACUCAACUCCAGUGAUAAAACCAUAUCCUAGUUUCCAAUCUAUUUUUCAUAUUGUUUAGUCUUCUACAAUAUAUAUAGCAGUUCCUCUAAGUUUUAAACUUACCUACCCUAAACAUUUAAUGCAUCAGAAUAAGCUUUCCCAAAGCAACAACAUUGCUUAAACAGCCCAAUUCAUUUCCCCAGCAAGCAAAAUUAUUGAAAAGCUUUAAAACCUUUUCAAAUUGCACAGAAUAUGCUUUCUGGAAGGACUUCAGAAAAACUGCGUAGAAAAAAAAAAGACAUACUAGAGAAACAGCAACAUUAUUGGAGUAUUGUUAAAUUAUCCUUGGAGAUUGGAGUUAAGGCUAUUUUGACAGAAAGAGCUCAAUGGUAGAAUUGCCUAAUAGUGGUGGAGACAGAUUUGUUUUCUGCCUCAGCAGCAGAAACAUUUCCUUUCCUGGGUGUUCUCUCAAUAGAAACAGUAAUAUAAUGUCAAAUAAGAUUUUCUUCUUUCCAUUCUCCCUCCAUUCAGAACUAUAAAAGGGAAAUUGCCUUUACCUGACUACAGAAAGCUUUUAACUCUUGUGUUCCAGCACUUAGUUACAAGUGAAGUGCACACAGCAAUUUGAGAGAGAAACAGAGGAAAGUGCUCAUUCAAACGCUAGUUAUGAUGUUCCAAACAGCCAUCUGUUGAUUGAGUAGCAAGACAGAGAUAAUGAAUGAUGGUGCCUAUGGGAACUUAAUUUAUAAAUUUUCUUAGCUUUCAAAUAGAUAAAGUCAGAAGGAUUACUUCUUAUAUCAUUAAAAACUUAAUAAUUGUUUUGGUACAGGCAUUUGAUAGUAAACAGAUCAUACUCUUAGAGCAGGGAAAAACAUGCCAUGUUAUUUUCUUAUUCUAAUGUAAAGAUGAUUGAUGAUGUAUGACACUGUUGAAGCUUGCUGGCUGAGGAGUUGCUAAAGUUAACAUCAAAUUACACAGAACCUAACUGCACGCUCAGGUCACAAGGGGUGCAUGAAGAGCCAUGGAAAAUUCUCCCUGUUCCCUGCUAGAUUUUUGUUCUUGACUCUCAGUGCUAUAGACCUUUUGGCUCUUGGUCACAAGAUUUUAUUGUGCGACCUAUUUCAAAGGUAACCAGGAAAAAAAAAGUCAACAAGGUACAAAAAGACUUGAGUCUACCCCAAGUUAUGAAAAGGCCAUUAUUGAUUUCAAUGAGCUUUGUAUUACAGUUCAAUAUAACAGUUCUGUAAUUAUCUGGUUACAUUACAUAUGGGUAAAUAUGAAUAAUGCUUAUUUAUUAUUUGGUACAUAAAAAUGUACACUUAGGAUAGAAUGCCAGUUAUUAAAAGCACAUAUUUUCCCCCCCUACAUGCUUAAGACUUCAUUUUCUCUUUUAUACAACUCCCCGCUCUUUUUAAGUGAUCCAGAUCUAACUUUUCAGCACAUUCUCUAAGCAGUUUUGACAUGUUUCACACUGUAACAUUGUAGCAGCAGAGCCCUGUCUUCCCUGUGUGCAUCUCCUGUUUGCAAACACCUAGGUCACAGAUGCAAAUUAUUAAGAUAAUGCUGAGAAACUUAAUAAACAUUGCACGAUGUUCUUCUGUUUAGUGUCCUACAGAACUCUUAUGGAAUUCAAUUAGAAAUAGGUAAACGCAGUCAAAGAUGGAGUCUAGUUCUUUAAGUAAGAGGUUCCCCUAUCAACCAUCCUCAUACCCUAUAGCCUCAUUGUCUGAGGCAGCUUCUAGAAGUCCUAAGACUAAUUUUCUGUUCUAAUUACCUGUUGGAUGUAACAGGCAGAUGUUUUAUAAAUAUGAAUUCAUUUAGCUUUGAUCUAACGUAUAGCAGCUGUUUUAUCUACUCCAUAACUUACUCAUUAAUCUAAAUGUUAAACAACAUACACUAACCUUUCACUUGGUUCACAAUGUUCUAUCUAAACACAAAAGGCAUUUUGGA